AUGGGGUGCUUAUUGGGAUCAGCAGAUUCAGAAAGGAAUGAAGAAGGACAGAAAAUUGAGCAGGAAAAAUUAAAUAAAUCCAACCAGCCCUCAUAUAGUGAGUCAGAAUAUUCAUCAGCAUAUGUGACACCAAUGCGAAAUAGCCCAUCCAACUCUGCUAAUUUAUCUAGCAAUUUAUGAUCUAGGCCAAACACCUUACAAAAUCAGGUUAGAAAUUCUGCUCGAUAUGCAUAUCCAUCUGCUAGAAGCACCAAUUUGCAUAGCUAUGAUCCCGCUAAAAAUGAUGCAAAAUAUCAGAUGAAUCUCUUUGAAUUCCCGGCUCUUCCUACUUAUCAUACAUCACCUCAAAAACAUGAAGCCCCGUCUACAAAAACUAAUAGAUGAACCAAAUAUAAUCCAGAUUAUGUGCCUUUAGACUCUGACUACUCCUGCUUUUUGGACACUUCUAGCGAUAGCUCUUCAGCUUCAUAUAGCUUUGCACAAUAUAAACCAGUAAGCAAUUUGAAAAAUGUUGUUAACUACAAAAAUCUCAGCAAUAAUAGUCCAGUGAGAAAAGCAGUAGCAAAUAGUAAACUCCCUAUCAAAAGCAUAAAUAAAUCUCAAAAGCCCAUAAAACCAAACAGCAAUAUUUCUGGCUCCACUCCAGAUUCAUCAGCGCCAUCAAAAAUUUAUUCUGAAUUUAUUACAUUUAUCCUUUCAUACAGUCUCUACAGGCCAAAAUCCGAACCCAUUAUAAUUCCAAACUCAUUUAAUGAUAUACCUAGCUAUAUCCAUUAUUUUAGGCAUGGAUUUUAUACUGAAUUAAAUGCCAUUUUAGACCAAGCCUUAGAAGAAGCCUUUCUUUCAAAUAAAUAUCGCUUAAAUCUUCACGUAGAGAAUAACCAUGCCUCUUUAUCACCUUCAAGCUCUAGUGAAUUAAAUUUCGAAAAUGAAAUCCAAAUUAAUGAUAUUAUCAUUAUCAUUCCUAAUCAAAAUAAGAAAUAAAAUGGUGAUGUUGACGGAAAUUGACUACGAGGCGACAGGCGAGAGAGGUGGUGAAAUGUACCUUUAGGGCUCAAGUAGACUACCUCAAUGGGAACCUUGCCGAAGCAGGUUGUUUUUGUUUCUCCCUCGAAGGUUUUCCCUGUCCCUUCCAGAUAGGCUAGACAGGUUUUGCUACCACAUGGUCUUUCCUCAUCGGGACCAUCGUGGCGCUCGCAAGAAGCGGCCUACUCAGGAUGAGCUAAUCUCUUGGACAGGUGUUUAAGGUCGGAAAUUCAAAAUGGCGUCAUGCCAUCUUUGGGACCGAGAAGGGGGGGGAUAAAUACUUAAUAACUUAACUUAAUCAAAAUAAGUUUCCAAGAAAUUUCGAAGAAAUUAAAGAAAACAAUAUUUCUUGGAUUCUAGGGUUGAUAGACCAAAACAAAGUAAACAAAAUUAAUAUUUUACUCAGCCCAGACAGAGAAGCUCAGUUUAAAAAUUCAAAAAUUUAUAUAGCAGCAAUAAUCGGAAAUAUUACAUCGCUAAAGAGAGAACUGUCAGUGCUUGAUAAGAUUAAGCGCUUUUCACUGCUCAGACAGAUUUUAAGCCCUCAAUGGUAUGAACCGCUAAUAAAAUGUAGACUUACAGAAAAUAUUCAAGAUAAAUAUAAUCAGUCUCAGUUAGAAGCUAUUGUAACUUCAAUCAAUUCUGAUGGCAAAAUCGCUUUAAUUCAAGGACCUCCUGGAACUGGAAAAACAAGAACAGUGGCAGGGAUUUUAUCUGGGCUCUAUGCUUAUAAUAGAAAAUUAAAGGUAUUAAUUUGCGCUCAAAGUAAUGCAGCGGUAGACGAAAUUGCAUGGACAGUUUUAAAAGAAGGAAUUUUGGAUGAAGAUGGCAAUAAAAGAAGCGAUAUUUCUUUAUUGAGAGUUGGAGAAAAAAGACAAAAGCAUGAACUCGGAGUUGAAGAAGAUAUUAAAACUUCGAAAGAAAUAGAAAUGGGCAUAAAUUCUAUUAAAAUAAAUGUUUUAGUAGAAGAAAAGCUUAAUAAAGAAGACCUCUACGAUCCAACUUUUAAUAUUAAAAAAUUAAUUGAAAAACUUGAAAAAUUAGAAGAACAAUAUAAAGAGUUGGUGGAAAAAAGAGCAAAAUAUGGCACUGUGGAAAUCGAAAUAAAAAUUGAAGAACUUUCUUGCAAAGUAGAGAGUUUAAAAGAGAAAAGAACACUUUAUUUUUCCAAGAAAACUAUAUAUAUGGCAGAAUUAAUAAGAGCUGCAGAUAUUGUUUUUUGCACAUUAAGUGGGGCAGGCUCAAUAUCGUUGUGCAAAAUAUUAAUUCAGUUGAUUAUUUGAUUGUAG